GAGCGGUGCAUGGCCGCCAUGCAGGCCGGGACGCAGCUGCUGAAGCUCCGCGGCUCGUCCAAGGGGCUGCCCCGCUUCUACCUCCUGGACGAGCACCGCUCCUGCAUCCGCUGGCGGCCGUCCCGCAAGAGCGAGCGGGCCAAGAUCUCCAUCGACUCCAUCCAGGAGGUGAGCGAGGGGCGGCAGUCGGGGGUCUUCCAGCGUUACCCCGACAGCGCCUUCGACCCCAACUGCUGCUUCAGCAUCUACCACGGUGCCCACCGCGAGUCUCUGGACCUGGUGGCGGCCAGCGGCGAGGAGGCGCGCACCUGGGUCACCGGCCUGCGCUUUCUCCUGGCGGGCAUCAGCGACGAGGACAGCCUCGCCCGCCGCCAGCGCACCCGCGACCAGUGGCUGAAGCAGACGUUCGACGAGGCCGACAAGAACGGGGACGGCAGCCUGAGCCUCGGCGAGGUCCUGCAGCUGCUGCACAAGCUCAACGUGAACCUGCCGCGGCAGAGGGUGAAGCAGAUGUUCAAGGAAGCCGACACAGAUGACCGCCAGGGGACGCUGGGCUUCGACGAGUUCUGCGCCUUCUACAAGAUGAUGUCCACGCGCCGGGACCUGUACCUGCUCCUGCUGACCUACGGCCACCACAAGGACCACCUGGACGCGGCCAACCUGCAGCACUUCCUGGAGGUGGAGCAGAAGAUGACGGGUGUGACGCUCGAGAGCUGCCGGGACAUCAUCGAGCAGUUUGAGCCUUGCCCAGAAAACAGGAGCAGGGGGGUGCUGGGCAUCGACGGCUUCACCAACUACACACGGAGCCCGGCGGGCGACAUCUUCAACCCCGAGCACCGCCGCGUGCACCAGGACAUGACGCGCCCGCUAAGCCACUAUUUCGAAGCCUCUUCCCACAACACCUACCUCGUGGGCGACCAGCUCAUGUCCCAGUCCCGGGUGGACAUGUACGCCCGGGUGCUGCAGGCCGGCUGCCGCUGCGUGGAGGUGGACUGCUGGGACGGGCCUGACGGGGAGCCUAUUGUGCACCACGGCUACACCCUGACCUCCAAGAUCCUCUUCAAAGACGUCAUCGAAACCAUCAACAAAUAUGCCUUCAUCAAGAACGAGUACCCGGUGAUCCUGUCCCUCGAGAACCACUGCAGCGUCGUCCAGCAGAAGAAGAUGGCUCAGUACCUGACCAACAUCCUCGGGGACAAACUGGACCUGUCAUCGGUCAGCAGCGAGGACUCCAGCCUGCUGCCCUCCCCGCAGGCGCUCGCGGGCAAGAUCCUGGUGAAGGGCAAGAAGCUCCCGGCCACCAUCAGCGAGGACGCUGAGGAGGGCGAGGUCUCUGACGAGGACAGUGCCGACGAGAUCGACGAGGACUGCAAGUUCCUCAAUGGGGAGGCCCCCGGCGACCGGAAGCGCGUGGAAAACAUCGCCAAGAGGAAGCUGGACUCGCUCAUCAGGGAAGCCAAGAUCCGGGACUGCGAAGACCCCAGUGGUUUCGCCGUCUCCACGCUGCCCCCACCUGGCAGGCACAGGGCGGAGGGCAAGGAGAGCACCGCUGAGGGGGACACCGACUCCGGGGAGGACACCGGGGCCAGCCGCCGGGACGGCCGGCUCCUCGGGAGCAGCUUCUCCAAACGCAAGAAAAAAGGUGGCAAGUUAAAGAAGGCGGCCAGCGUGGAGGAGGGGGCCGAGGACCCAGGCCCCCAAGGAGGCCCGAGCCGAGGGGGGACGCGCCAGAAAAAGACCAUGAAGCUGUCUCGGGCCCUCUCGGACCUGGUGAAGUACACCAAGUCGGUGGGCACCCAUGACGUGGAGGCUGAGGCGGCCACCAGCUGGCAGGUGUCGUCCUUCAGCGAGACGCGGGCCCAGCAGAUCCUGCAGCAGAAGGCGGCCCGGUACCUGCGCUUCAACCAGCGCCAGCUGUCCCGCAUCUACCCCUCCUCCUACCGCGUCGACUCCAGCAACUACAACCCGCAGCCCUUCUGGAACGCCGGCUGCCAGAUGGUCGCCCUGAACUACCAGUCGGAGGGGCGGGUGCUGCAGCUGAACCGCGCCAAGUUCAGCACCAACGGCAACUGCGGCUACGUGCUCAAGCCCCCGUGCUUGUGCCAGGGCAUCUUCAACCCCAACUCCGAGGACCCCCUGCCCGGGCAGCUCAAGAAGCAGCUGGUGAUCCGCAUCAUCAGUGGCCAGCAGCUCCCCAAGCCGCGGGACUCGGUGCUGGGGGACCGGGGUGAGAUCAUCGACCCCUUCGUGGAGGUGGAGGUCAUCGGGCUCCCCGUGGACUGCAACAGGGAGCAGACCCGGGUGGUGGACGACAACGGGUUCAACCCCAUGUGGGAGGAGACCCUGGUGUUCGUCGUGCACAUGCCCGAGAUGGCGCUGGUCCGCUUCCUGGUGUGGGACCACGACCCCAUCGGGCGGGACUUCAUCGGCCAGAGGACGCUGGCCUUCAGCAGCCUGAUGCCAGGCUACCGGCACGUGUACCUGGAGGGCAUGGAGGAGGCCUCCAUCUUCGUCCACGUGGCUGUCAGUGAUGUCAGUGGUAAGGCCAAGCAGGCCCUGGGCCUAAAAGGCCUGUUCCUCCGAGGCCCAAAGCCCGGCUCGCUGGACAGUCAUGCUGCUGGGCGGCACCCGGGCCGGCCCUCCGUUAGCCAGCGGCUCCUGCGGCGCACGGCCAGCGCCCCCACCAAGACCCCGAAGCCCAGCUGCCCAGGCUUCCCCGAGCUGGCCGGCUCGCAGCACCUGGGCUCCCAGGGGGAGGCUGACGACGUGCAGGCCCCUGGCCCCGAGGCCCCACCCCAGGAGGGCCCCGGCGGCAGCAGCCCCCGAGGUAAGGCGCUGACCCCGGGCCCACCCCCACGGGCCCCUGAGGCCCCCGGGCCCGCUGGGGUGGCCGCCACGUGCAUGAAGUGCGUGGUGGGCUCGUGCGCUGGUGCGGACCCCGAGGGCUUGCACAUGGGGCGGCCACCCAGCCCCGGCCCGGCCAUCAGCCAGCAGCCCCGGGCCCGGGAGCAUGCACUGGGCACUCCCCACACCCCGGCGUCACCCGCGAGGAGCUCAGAGGCCACCCAGGGCUGCGGGGUGCAGCGGCAGCACCCGGGCGGUGGCUCCGGGUCAUCCGGCUCCAGCAGCCCCGACAGCCCGGGAGGCCCCGAGGAGGCCCCCCGCCGGCCCCCGGGGGCCCUGCAGCGGGAGAUGAACGCCUUGUUCGUUCAAAAGCUGGAGGAGAUGAGGAGUAAAUCCUCCGUGUUCUCCACGGAGUUAGGAACUGACAGCAGCCGAGUGCCAGACGCCCGUCCCUUCAUGCAGAGGCCUGGUUCCUCCCUGUGUGGCCUGGAGACCAUCGCCGAGGAGCCCGCUCCAGGGCCCCUGCCAUCAGCCGUCCCCACCAGCCCUGGCCCAGGGGACCCCCAGCACUCGGCAGGACCCAGUGUCCACCUGGCGAGCCCCCCAGCGACCGCUCUGGGAGCCCCUGUGCCCUCCCCACACAGGACCUGUGGUCUGCAGGAGCUCAGGGCCACCCCCAACGGCCAGCAGCAGGCGUGUGGCAGUGGGGACCCUGGGUGUUUGUGUGAGGGGGCCACUGAUAGCCAGACGGACGGCAGGGGCCCCCUGCCCCUGGUCGGAAGCAUCAAGAGCGAGGGCCAGGUGCCCCCGGAGCCUCCGGCCGGGCCCUCCCCGACCCCCGCCGUGUACUCGGACGCCACAGGUGGCGACCGGCUCUGGCAGCGGCUUGAGCCAGGCAGUCACCGCGACAGCGUGUCCUCAUCCUCCAGCAUGUCCUCCAGCGACACCGUCAUUGACCUCUCCCUGUCCAGCCUGGGCCUGGGCCGCAGCCACGAGAGCCUCCUGGGGACCCUGGCCGGCCGCCCGCCCCCACGGCCCCGCUCGGCUGCCCACCCGGCCCCGGCGGCCAGGAGCACGUCCAACCCCAACCUGCUGGCCGUGGGGCGGCGGCCCCUGGCGCCCGAUGAACUGCGGCCCCGGCCCCUGCGGCCGCCCUGGGGCCGCCUCUCCCUGGUGGGCCUCCUGGACUGCCCCGCGGCCGCCAAGUCCAAAAGCCUGGGGACCUGACUGCCGACGACUUCGCCCCCCGCUUCGCGAGCAGGCCGCGCAGCCUCGGCCGCAGCCUGGGAGCCCCGGGGGGCCCGCGGUGGGACGCGCUGACGGGACAGCUGCGCUGGCUCCCGGGCUCCCAGCAGGCGGGCACAGCACAUCGCCCACCAGCCUGGGCCCGGCCGGGGAGGCGGCGGCACCUGGCUUCCUGCGGCGCCCGUCCUCCCGCAGCCAGAGCCGCGUGCGCGGCAUCGCCAGCCGUGCCCGUCAGGCCCAGGAACGGCAGCGGCGGGCGCCC